AUGUCUUUCGAUAACGUCGAGAAACUUCCUGCCGCUGAAGAUACUUUACGCCGUGCAUCCUCAGACGGGAAGAUCAGGAAAGAGGAAGAUGUCGAACGCGAUUCUGACGCCCGAUCUAUUCACUCUCAGCGCUCUGAACCAUCGACUGUUGCUGAUACGCACGAUGUCGAAAACGCCGACGAUGUGCUGGCAAGGACUAUAACACCCAAGAAACCUAUCGUCAAGGUCUCGCGCACAGAAAGACGGGGGCUGUUUGCACGGUUCUCUUUGACAGCCGAGGUUACGGAUCCGUACCACUAUAAGGAUAGCACAAAAUGGUUCAUUACCUUUGUCGUGGCUAUAGCCGCUGCCGCCGCACCGGUUGGCAGUGCGAUCAUAUUGCCAACUCUCGACGAUGUGGCGAGGAAUCUCCACACCGACGCAACCACCACCAAUCUGUCUGUUGCAUUGUACAUGUUGAGCAUGGCUAUAUUUCCUCUGUGGUGGUCAGCCUUCUCUGAGACUGCUGGCCGGCGUACUAUAUACCUCACCUCCUUUACCAUGUUCAUUCUGUUCUCUGUCCUGAGCGCUAUCUCCCAUUCGAUAUCCAUGCUUAUUGCCGUGCGGCUGUUCGCCGGCGGCGCUGCUGCCUCUGUCCAGGCGGUUGGUGCGGGGACGAUCGCCGACAUUUGGGAGUCUCGGGAGAGAGGUAGAGCGAUGGGAAUCUUCUAUCUGGGACCUUUGUGCAAUCCCCUGCUCGCGCCUAUAGUGGGUGGCAUUCUCGGCCAAGCUUGGAAUUGGAGAGCAACUCAAUGGGCCCUGGUAAUAUAUGGAGUCUUGACGUGGCUGCUGGUCUUCUUUGGCCUGCCUGAAACACUGAAGGCGGCCAAGGAUGUAGGUCCAGACACAGAGACAGACAAUGCGCCUUCGACUGCCGGCAGCGACCGGCCACCGCUGAGUCGAACCUCAACCCGGGAGGUGGUACAAAGGAGAUCGAGAAAGUACUUGAAGAUUGCACGAAUGUUGUUGGUGGACCCACUCAGCGUCAUCUUGUACCUACGAUUCAUGCCCGUUCUGCUCACGGUGUAUUACUCUGCGGUUACUUUCGGCUCAUUAUACGUACUCAACAUCAGUAUCCAGUACACUUUCGAGAGGCAACCAUAUGACUAUGCGACAAUCAUCAUCGGACUGCUGUAUCUGCCCAACUCGGUCGGGUACAUUCUGGCGAGUUUGAUGGGUGGUCGCUGGAUGGAUUGGAUCAUGAAACGAGAAGCAAUCAAAGCGAACCGCGUGGAUGAGCGUGGAAAGCUGAUCUUCAGGCCCGAGGAUCGCAUGCGUGAGAACGCGUGGCUGGGUGCACUGAUGUAUCCGUGCGCUCUAAUCUGGUACGGUUGGACGGUACAGAAAGGGGUGUUUUGGAUAGCACCGAUGAUCGCGAACUUCUUUUAUGGUUUGGGGUCAAUGCUCAUUUUUGCCAUGUCCACGACCAUGUUGACAGAGUUUAUGCCACGUCGAUCCUCUUCUGGAGUAGCUUUGAACAAUCUAUGCCGGAACAUUUUCUCAUGCGUUGGCGCCAUCGUCGGGGCGCCACUGAUUGCAGCCAUUGGGAAUGGCUGGCUGUUUACUAUUCUUGGACUUUGGGCACUGUCCAGUGCCUCCGUAAUUUGGGCUAUGAAGCGCUACGGCCCAGGUUGGCGGGAAAAUAUGGAUAGACAGUUGGGUUGA